CUGGUGGUCGUUCGUCGUUCAGUCCGCGACGGACUACGAACCCGUCGACAUCGAGCGUGUGUGUCUGUGUGUACACGCGCGUGCGUCUUCCCGGUCUCGGCCCCGGCCCCCGGCGCGGCGUGUGUCAUUUAAACGCGGACCUGCUUGAGCGAUCGGUGUCAUCGGUGAUCAUCUUCGGUGUGUCACGUGCGUCAUUUGUGUCCGCGAUAUGAUUCGGAGCGGUUAAGGUUAGGUGGACUACCUGCGGUGACAACUUUGGUGGAUCUUCCCUCUCAAUUUCAACGACAUGGUGUACCACUGGCAGAGUCAAAAUGUCAAAAUUUCCGGAGUGGACGAUAUGGUCCUCUUGCCGAAGAUCAACGAGGACGCCAUCAUCGAGAACAUCAGAAAGAGAUACAUGGACGAUUACAUAUUUACGUGCAUCGGACCCGUAUUGGUAUCGGUUAAUCCUUUCAAGCAGAUGCCAUACUUCGGAGAGAAGGAAGUCGAGAUAUAUCAAGGCGCGGCACCGUACGAGAAUCCACCGCACAUCUAUGGACUGGCGGACGAGAUGUACAGAAAUAUGCUGAUCGACAACGAAAGUCAUUGCGUCAUUAUUAGUGGUGAAUCGGGCGCUGGAAAAACGGUCACGGCGAAAUACAUAAUGUCUUAUGUGGCGAGGGUGAGCGGUGGAGGCAAGAAGGUACAGAAAGUAAAGGACGUGAUCUUGGAAUCAAAUCCACUCUUGGAAGCUUUCGGCAACGCGAAGACAGUGAGAAACAACAACAGCAGCAGAUUCGGAAAAUACGUCGAGAUGCAAUUCGGAUCGGGCGGUCAGCCGAACGGUGGCAAAAUUUCGAAUUUUCUUCUGGAAAAAUCAAGAGUAACUUGCCACAAUCCCGGCGAGCGGAAUUUUCAUAUAUUUUAUCAGCUGACGACGGGCGCCAAUCAAGAAAUGAAAACGGAAUUUGGAUUAACGGAUCUCAAUUAUUAUCAAUAUCUGAGUUACGGCGGUAAUUAUAAGGUGGACGGCACAAAUGAUGCGCGGGAUUUUCAGGAAACUCUUAAAGCGUUGAGUGUUAUGGGAAUAAAAGAUGCAGAAGUGAUGAAUAUAUUCAGAUUGGUAGCUGGAAUUCUUCACGUGGGAAAUAUACAGUUUGUCGAAAAGGGCAAUUAUUCGCAGAUAGCCGAUAAACAAUUUCUCGAGUUUCCAGCCUAUCUUUUUGGAAUUUCGGCAGAGCAUCUGUCUUACAAAUUAAUUUCUCGAGAAUUCGAAUCGAAAUGGGGAAAUCAAUCCGAAAGCGUGGACGUGACGUUGAAUGUGGAACAGGCGCUUUACGCGAGAGACGCUUUGGCAAAGGACAUCUACGCUAGGCUUUUCGACUAUUUGGUCAAGAAAGUUAAUUCAGCCAUGGAGACAAACACGGAUGGAUACGAGAUCGGAAUUUUGGACAUAUAUGGCUUCGAGAUAUUUGAUAAAAACGGUUUCGAGCAAUUCUGCAUAAAUUUCGUGAAUGAGAAAUUACAGCAGAUUUUCAUUGAACUCACAUUGAAGGCGGAGCAGGAAGAAUACGUUUCUGAGAAUAUUAGGUGGACGCCAAUAGAAUAUUUCAAUAAUGCCAUCGUGGUGGAGCUUCUCGAGGGCAAGAGGCCACCCGGCCUCUUUUUGGUCCUCGACGACGUGUGCGCAACGUUGCACGGCGGAAGCACGGGUGCCGACGGUGACUUGAAGAAGAAACUGGCGGGAACAGCUAAACAGCACGCUCAUUUCCAAGACAGCAGUGACGGUUUCGCAAUUCUCCAUUACGCCGGCGUAGUAUCCUACUCUGUCGAUGGGUUCUGCGAUAAGAACCGGGACGUCCUCUUCUUGGACCUGAUCGAGUUGAUGCAGACCAGCACGAAUACCUUGGUGCGUGAGCUCUAUCCGCAAGAGAAUGCCGGCAAAACGAAAACUCUGAAGUCCAGGCCAACCACCGCGGGCAGUAAAAUCAGAAAUCAAGCCAGUCGCUUGGUCGGUCAGCUGAUGAAAUGCACACCGCAUUACAUCCGGUGCAUCAAGCCGAAUGAAACGAAGAAACCGCGCGAUUGGGAUCAUCUGAGAGUCAAGCAUCAGGUGGAGUAUCUAGGUCUGAAGGAAAAUAUCAGAGUGCGUAGAGCUGGCUUUGCUUACAGAAGGCCAUUCGCCAAGUUUCUGCACAGAUACGCGAUUCUCACGAAAGAAACGUGGCCUCGUUGGCCCGGUGAUGUGAAACAAGGGACAGAGUGGAUAUUGGGAAGCAUUCAUAUCGACCGAUCACAAUAUCAGCUCGGUAAAUCGAAGCUCUUUAUAAAGGCGCCUGAAACUCUCUUCAUGCUGGAGGAAACUCGUGAGCGAAAAUACAACAUGUAUGCGCGAGUAAUUCAGAAAGCCUUCAAAAAGUACUUCGCCCGGAAGAGACAGGCACAGCAUAAACAGGAAGUCGCUGAUCUUCUCUUCGGCCACAAGGAGCGAAGACGGGCGAGCCUGAAUAGAAAUUUUAUGGGCGAUUAUAUAGGGCUGGAAGGCAAGCCACAGACGAUGAGUUUGAUUGGAAGACGGGAGAAAGUAUUCUUCGCCGAAGUCGUGAAAAAAUAUGACAGAAGGUUCAAGAUAUGCAGAAGAGAUCUCAUUCUUACUGGGAAAUGUAUCUAUUUAAUUGGCCGAGAGCAGAUAAAUAAAGGCCCGGAAAAGGGCAAAUCUAUCGAAGUUAUUAAAAGGAAGCUUCCAUUUAAUCAAAUCAGUCACGUAUCAUUAAGCAAGCUACAAGACAAUUUCAUAAUAAUUCACGUAAAAGAGGACUACGCCAGCUUGUUAGAAUGUGUAUUCAAAACGGAGUUAUUGUUUUCCCUUAGCAAAAAGUUUAUGGAAGAUACCGGUCAUCUUUUAAAUGUUAGGUUUAGCAACAACUUGGAAUUUAAAGUGAAGAAGGAAGGUUGGGGUGGCGGUGGAACGAGGGAUGUAAAGUUUAUACAAACGGAUUAUGGCGAUAAAGAGAUUUUAAAACCGUCUGGCAAAGUGCUCAGUGUUAACAUCGGUCCAGGUUUACCGAACACAUCGAAGCCCAAUUUGGACCGAUCAAUAUCAUCCAUUCGUUUGCACAACAAUGUCUCGAGACCGAUUUGUCCAGCACCACAAAUGUGCAAUCUAGCUCCAAUCCUCGCACCCCAGAAUAAUCAAGCGAUUAUCGGGAGACCUCCUCCUCAUCCAGUAGCAGCUACAAGAUCUGUGGCGCCUUUACGAACGACUCCAAACGGUAGACCAAAUAUUCCACCGAAUCGUCCAAAUGUAUUACCUAUGCAGGCUAUGCAAUUUCCAAAGGACGUGAGAAAUGGAACAAACAACACAAACAAACUACGGGACAAGCAGACCGCCGUGGGUGGUAAUACUAGACCGCGUGGUAUACUAAAAUUUCCGCCACCACCUACGGAGCCACCACCCAUGGAGCCACCACCACCGCACGAGCCUACAGAAUUCCAAUUACCACCCCUUAACAGAGAAUAUAAUAUACCCAGUUUGACUAUCUGGGAUGCUGAUAAGGUUUCUGAUGAUCUCAAUAAAGGAAUGCAAACGUCCCAGGAAUGGAGUGCGAAACAAGUCAGUAAUACGCCAGAUCGAGGAAGGAGGAAGGAAGAUAAUGCUGCGUAUGCGGUAGCCAAAAAAGUGCCUCCUCAAAAACCGGCACCACCGAGAUUACCAAAAGUUAAAGCCUUAUACGACUAUGAGCCGCAAGAUUUGGACGAAUUGGGGCUCAAGGAAGGUGACAUUGUAGAAGUACUCAAAGAACACGAAGGUGGUUGGUGGCACGGAAGACUGAAAGGGAAGACUGGUCUUUUCCCUUCCAACUAUGUAGAAAAGAUAUGAAUUCUGUAAUCGAUAGUCAUCGGAAAAUUCUAUUGACAUUACAUGAAGCUGGAAACGUAACUCUAUUAAGUACAUUGUACCUGUUAUUCGCAGUUUUCAUGCUCCAUAAUAUUACUUAUUGUUACGCGAGUCUUUAGCUAAAUAUUAGCAGAAAUUUUAUCAAUGCCAAAGCUAUGAAAAAUCAAAGAAUUCAUAAUUGAAAGAAAGCGCGAUAAUUUUGUUCAUCUCAACUAAGAUGAUGAAAAAUCCAAUAUAUAUUGGUAGUUAUGGAACAAUAGUAUUAUCAUUCAAGCUUAUUUUUAUCUAAAUGUCCAAAGAAACUUUUCUCGUCACAUAAUUCGAUAAUUAGUCUGGUAAACUUUAUUUGAUGAAGUAUUAUUUAGAACAACAUGUCGGCAAUAUACGUUGCUUUUAUUGCUAAUUAGUGUACGAUAGAUAUAUAAUCUGUUUAACUUUUCGUAAUGUACAGCGCGAUCGAUAUUUAUAGUCAAAAUAUUGUCACGGUUACCACCAAUACAAAGGUAACGAGCAGUCAUUUAAAACGAUACAUGGUGUACAUAGCAUCACUGCCAUUACAAGUAUCUAAUAAAAUCAUAUCAUCUCAACAAUUUUGUUGCUUCCUUUCAAUUUUUACUAUCUUAUAUCUCUUACAUAGUACGCUACAUUGUAUUCUUCAGUAUUUAAUUAUUUAUUUAUGCAAGAUAUCAAACGACAUAAAGUUCAUUUUUAUUCCAAGAUUAAUUCUAUUUCUGUAGAUACAUGAUUUUCAUUAUUAUAAUAAGAAUAAAAUGGCACUCUUAGUAUCAUCAA